AUGCCGCCGCAGGACAACGUCGAUUUGAACGUCCACUACGCCCUCGAAAAAUUCCUGCUAACCCGCCAGGGUUUCUACCCGAUGAAAACCACCCCGUGGUGGUUCUACCUCAGCCGAUACUACAACACCACCAUCUCCCUGGUCCUCCUAUCCCUGCUGGUGCUCUACGUGUUCUUCACCACCGGCGGGGACCUGGUGAAGCUCUGCGAGAACCUCCUCUUCUUCGUCACCGAGCUGGCCUUCGUCUGCAAGCUGAUCAACAUCGUGGUGCUCAAAGACCGGCUGUGGCUGCUCGAGCGCCAAUUGAGCGAGCUCUCCCAAAGGGAAUUCACCGAAGAAGAGAAGAAGUUGAUCGAUCGCACCGUCCAGGAGGCGCGCAAGUUCACGCACAGCUUCAGGUGGUUGUGCUACGCCGUGGUGCUCUUCUACGCGCUGGUGCCGCUGAUCGACCAGGAGGAGGGCAACAGGAAAUCGCCGUUGCCCAUUUGGGUGCCCUUCGAUCUGCAGGAGCACUAUUUCUACGCGUGGUUCUUCAGCAUCUCGGCGCUGUCGGUGGGGGCCUUCACCAACUCCAACAUCGAUAUACUGACGAUACUUUAUAUAACGAUCGGUACUUCGCAGUUCGAGGUGCUUAAAAGGAGGUUUACGGCGGUGGUGGAGUUCGUGGAGGGUACUGAGGAGGUGGACGAGGAGGCGGUUAAAGCGAGGUUGAGGGAAUGCGUUAUUUACUUCGACGAUGUUUAUAGCGCGCUCACCAUUUGCAUGACGGGAUUUCAAUUGCUCAUCAUCGAAAUCGCCAGCGUGAAUUUCGUUUCGAUGAACGUGUACUUCAGCUGCAUGAUGUGCCAGAUCGUCAUGUACUGCUGGAGCGGCAAUCGAUUGAUAGAGAGCAGCGACGAAUUGUCCAACGCCUGUUACUCGUCCAAAUGGUACGAGUGCAGCGCGUCUGUACAGAAGACUAUUACAGUGAUCAUGGAACGAGCGAAAGUACCGGUUAAAAUGAGAGCGGCCGGUUUCUUCAGCAUCAGCCUGCCCACUUUGAUGUCUAUUUUGCGAACAUCUUACUCGUAUUUCGCCGUCUUACGACACGUGUACCAAACUUUAUACGUCAAUCGAGAAUAA